UCAGAGGUCAAAUGACUGAGCAUGCUGUAUACAAAGCUAAGAUGCACCUGCAGACUGGAUGAACGUGGGUUUGCAGCAGACUUAGCUUGUACCUUAGAAACUGAAGUGGGACAUGCCGUAACACAUUUGGAUUUAAAAUCCCAGAAGGCUUCUGUGUCUUUCCUCGCCCUCAAAUUCCUUCAGAGCAGCCGAAGUGAGACCUCGCCGAGAUGUUCAGCACAAAAAGGUUGAAGAAGAAAUCCCAGUCAGUGGAUAUUACCGCUCAGGGAUUCUCUGGCUCACUGGUGAAGGAUCCGCAAGCAUCACAGAUAAACAAGCUUGUGACACCUGUUGCCAAGACAACCAUAUCUGCUGAGGAGGAAAACAACGCAACCAACUCCCAGAGGGUCCGGAGCCCGAGACGCAGUGACCUGAAGCGGUACUACACCAUAGACACCGGCCAGAAGAAGACUCUGGAGAAGAAGGAUGGGCGCCGCAUGUCUUUCCAGAGACCCAAAGGGACCGUGGAAUAUUCCGUGGAGUCACGGGACACGCUCAACAGCAUCGCGCUCAAGUUCGACACCACGCCCAACGAGCUGGUCCAGCUGAAUAAGCUGUUCUCCAGAGCGGUGGUCCCCGGACAGGUCCUCUAUGUUCCUGACCCAGAGUACAUCUCCAGUGUGGAGAGCUCACCCUCCCUCAGUCCCAUCAGCCCCUUGUCCCCCACUUCCUCUGAGGCUGACGUAGAGAAGCUGACCACGGAUUCAGAUAGCAUCCCUCGGAGGGAGGUCGCCCCUUCUCCAGCCCACCUCCUCCCCCGCCCCGCUAGAGUUGUGUCAUCCACCUCUGAGGAGGAAGAGGCCUUGACCGAGAAGUUCCUGAAAAUCAACUGCAAAUACAUCACAGAUGGCAAGGGUGCGGUCAGUGGAGUGCUGCUGGUGACGCCCAACAACAUCAUGUUCGACCCCCACAAGGCGGACCCGCUGGUCCAGGCGCGCGGGUGCGAGGAGUACGGAAUCAUGUGCCCGCUGGAGGAGGUCACCUCCGCCGCCAUGUUCAAGGAGGUCACUGACAGCAAGAUCAGGGAGUCCGUUCCCCCAGAUCUGGAGCCUUUGUCUGCGGGUCGUGACCCCUGCCACCUGAAGAGGAUACCGCGGAGCACCACCGACGAGGCAGAGCUGCGGCAGCGGGACACGGGCAACGACAGCACCAGCACUGCCCCCCGCAGCACCGAGGAGUCUCUCUCCGAGGACGUCUUCACCGAGUCCGAGCUCUCCCCCAUCCGGGAGGAGCUGAUCUCCUCUGACGAGCUCCGGCAUGACAAGUCCUCCAACGCCUCCUCCGAGUCCGUGCAGACCAUCAACCAGGUCCCGGAGGGUAGGGCCCAGGAGCAGGGCCAAACCGACCCGGCAACAGACGCUCCCCCAGCGACCAGCCAGCUCCCGUCCGCCGGCAGGGACCAGCUGUCGGCCUGCGAGGGAGAGGGGGCCAAGUCGCGUACCACCUCCGAGUCCCAGGGCUCGGACACGGUGGCGGCCGAAUCCGCUGGCCAGGAAGGGCUCCCGGAGGGCGAGCCAGCGGGCGGGCGGGGCGCAGACACCAUGACGGGCGAGGAGAACGCAACCAAGCCGGGCCAGAGUCAGACUAUGCAACAUGGCACAGAACUAGAGGAGGACGGGCGGACCACAGACCAGGGCUUGCCUGCCAGGCCAGUGGGGGACCCUGAGGGACAGGAGCCUGUGAGAGGGCCACCGGCACUCAAGGAGAAGCGGAGGUACCGGUCACACAAAUUCCUGUGCCUGCGGGUGGGCAAGCCCAUGAGGAAGACCUUUGUGUCCCACGCCAGUGCCUCCAUGCAGCAGUACGCCCAGAGGGACCGGAAGCACGAGUACUGGUUCGCCAUCCCGCAGGAGAGGUCAGACCACCUGUACAUGUUCUUCAUCCAGUGGAGCCCCGAUAUGUUUGGAGAAGGAAUGGGAGGUCUAGGCCGGGAGCCCGGAUUCACUGUGGUCAAGAAGAAUGAGGAGUCGGAGAAAGGGGAGGAGGACCUGCCAGUCACGGACAUCACAGCCAAGGAGUGGGAGGUAGUGUCAGUGUCUGAGUAUCAGCGGCGGGUCGAUGCGCUAAACAGCGAAGACCUGCGCUCUCUCUGCAGACGUCUCCAGAUCAGCACCAAGGAGGAGGUGGGCUCCAGCCUCGGGCCCGCCGUGAGGACGGAGCCGGAGCCGGAGACACUGCGGCCCAACCUCAGCGAGCCCAGCGACCUCCUCCAGCCGGAGCAGAUAGAGAAGCUGGCCAAAAACCUCCCGCCCAGAACCGUGGGAUACCCCUGGACUCUGGCAUUCAGCACGUAUAAGCACGGCAUGAGCCUGAAGACCCUGUACCGAGCCAUGCAAGACCAGGACUCGCCCAUGCUCUUAGUGGUCAGAGACGGUGAUGGACAGUUGUUUGGGGCCUUGGCGUCUGAGCCUUUUAAAGUCAGCGAUGGAUUUUACGGCACAGGAGAGACCUUCCUCUUCACCUUCUGCCCAGAGUUUGAGGUGUUCAAGUGGACAGGUGACAAUAUGUUUUUCAUCAAGGGAGACAUGGACUCAUUAGCGUUUGGUGGUGGGGGGGGUGAAUUUGGUCUCUGGCUGGACGGAGACCUGUACCAUGGCAGGAGCCACUCGUGCAAAACGUUCAACAAUUCGAUUCUGUCCAAAAAGGAGGACUUCACAGUGCAGGACAUUGAGAUCUGGUCGUUCGAAUAGCGCCCUCCUGCGAAGAGAGCAGAGACUUCUCAUUGGUUCCCAGGAAGCCUGUUACAAAGGCGUAGCGCCAUUACCCCACCCGCCUGUCUGUUACCACGGCGCCCAAUGCAGAGCUUGUGUGUGUGAAACGACUGACUGUCUGUUACCACGGCGCCCAAUGCAGAGCUUGUGUGUGUGAAACGACUGACUGUCUGUUACCACUGCGCCCAAUGCAGAGCUUGUGUGUGUGAAACGGCUGACUGUCUGUUACCACGGCGCCCAAUGCAGAGCUUGUGUGUGUGAAACGGCUGACUGUCUGUUACCACUGCGUCCAAUGCAGAGCUUGUGUGUGUGAAGCGGCUGACUGUCUUUUACCACUGCGCCCAAUGCAGAGCCUGUGUGUGUGUGUGUGUGUGUGUGAAACGACUGUCUGUGUGUGUUAGUAAAGUUGUGUGCAGCUUGCGCAAGGAAGUGAGGAGAGCAGAAACCUUGGAGAAGAGCAGGCACGUUGAAAUUCACUCUAGGUGUAAUCAGAAGUAGUCAGAAAAGAUCUGCAGUGCCCCCCAUAGGUACUGCACUGUGAUCCGAACGCAACUCUGAUGGGAUUUAACAUUGAUACAAAAAGCACACGCUCAUUCUACCACAGAGGAAGAGUUUUUUUUAUUUUUUAUUAAUUUUUUUUUUUUAUAAAAGGAAACGAAAGCGAACGAACGCGAGGAGGUUGCACAAUGCGACUGGAUCACUACAGGAUACCGACAGGAAGCACUCUUGGCAGCGCAUUUGACGAAAGAGCCAGGGUUACACAGGGACAGCUCCCUCCGACGCAGCGCAUAACGUUUGUAUUAUAGACCCCGUCGUUCUCCAUCAGCGUAUCGUCGUAUGUCUUUAAAGCACAAUGGCUAUAAACGGAGUGCCCCUAACCGUGAUGUUCUGUUCACUGGGUGUACGUGUGAGUCGAGCUUAACGCUGGCCUCGCCGGGGUCAGAAGCUCCGUGUUAUUCUUUGUAGGCAGUAACGUGUUGCAAUAGAUUUGUCCAGUAAUAUGCAAAUUAUUUUCACGUGACCUCACACGCGGGCCGCCUGUAGCCCCCGAAGUGAACCGCAAAAAGCUUUUCCCUGGGUAUAUUGGAAAAGCUGAAUAUGUCAGUCAAUGUUUUACAUGAAUUAUAUAUUUAUAUAUACGAUAUAGUACAAAUUAUAAUGAAUUAUAUAUUUGGCUGUUGUGUGACAGUGAUUUUUUUUUUCAUGCUGAUAUUUCAGCUAUUACAAAUACAUAAUGUAUAUUAUUCUGUAAAUGGUUUAAAUAGAUUGUUCUUCUAUAAAUAUAAACAUAUAUAAAUUAUGAAGUGCGGAUUGGCGGGUUGCUGCUGAUAGCACUUUAAUCUAGCUAGUGUGAAAUAAGGCCGGGGUUCAUUUUCAUCGGCUGUGUGCAGGUAGAUUGUGGCCCAGUCAUAGCGCCCUUCAUGUAAGAUGUAUUUAGGCUAUAACUAGGUUAUGAAUGACAUGCAGCGCUAAGCUGAUGCAGUUGGGCCCGGCCUGUUUAGCUCAGUGGUAGCUGUUCAGCGGUCCGUUUAGAUCCCGUUAAAGAUGUUGAUUGUUUGUAGUACAUUUGCUGCUGCUGCCGGAGUUUAAAAAGGGCAAAUGUAAGGCUGUGUAUUACGACGGGGGAGAAGGGCACAGGCCGUUUCCUCCGUGUCGUCUGUUCGGCGGCGUGACUUCGCGAGAGCGGCGGAGGACGCGAAGCCGUAAACGCCGUGUCCGAGGAGCUGGGCCUUGCCCCGGUCUUCCGAGGCAGGGCUCUGCUCGAGUCGCUAACAGCAGGAAGACGCCAGAUUACAGCGUAACUGUGAUGUGUAAAUAACAAUAAAAUGAAUGUCAUUACAACAG